AGCAGAGCAACUUGUCAACGUAAACAAUAAUCUCAUGAUGUCUACUAAAGAGGUGAAAACCGCUCUGAAGAGUGCCAGAGAGGCUAUAAAAAACAAAGAGUUCAAAGAGGCCUUGAAACACUGCAAGGCCGUUUUGAAAAUUGAGAAGAACAAUUAUAAUGCAUGGGUGUUCAUUGGCCUGGCAGCCAGUGAACUCGAACAACCAGAUCAGGCACAGACAGCCUAUAAGAAGGCGGUGGAGCUCGAGCCUGAGCAGCUACUGGCAUGGCAGGGCUUGGCAAAUCUUUAUGAGAAGACUGAUCAGUGGGAUUUCAAAGCUGAGCUUUCUAACGUCUAUCAGAAGCUGGUUGAGCUGUAUGCAAGCUCUGACAAAAACAAAUGUUAUGAGAUGAUCACAAAGCUGUCAGAUAUCUACCAGUCUGACAAAGAAUAUUCAGAGUUGGCGAAGGUUUGGCAGCAGCUCAUUCAACUGAAGGAGGAAGAGGGUGUGGAAAAGAAAGAGUUACUGCAGCUAUGGCAACAGAUGACCCAUCUCCUGUCAGAGUGCCUUAAUGAGGAGGAGCAAGACAAUGAAACUCAAAACCAUUUAAUCACAGCAUUUGAGAAGGCCAUGGUACUCAUGGAUCCCGUGCCAGGAGAAGAGCAUAGGAGGACCUCAGCUGACUAUGUCAAAUGUCUUUCUAAACUUCCACACGAAGAAGCGAAAAUGAAAGAGGCAUGUGAGUCCAUGCUGUCUCUCUACCCCAGCCAGAGUUAUCCUCUUGAAAUCCUUUGUUCUCACUACCUCAAAACAGGUAUCCAGGAUGAGGACGCAUUCAGCUGUUUUUCCCGGCUCCUUGAUCUGGCCCCUAACAGUGGGUUAGGUCACUUGGGUCUUGGCACCAAAGCACUCGAAGAGGGCAGGUAUAAAGAUGCCAUUAAGGAUCUUGCACAAGGGUUGAAGAAAAUGAGCUCCAGUACAGGAUGGUACAAUUUGGCUCAGGCUCAGCUCAAAAUGCACAGAUACUCAGACAGUGCUACAUCAUGCUCCCAAGGUUUGACAGUGUGUGUUUCUGGAGAUGUGGAGCAAAGGGUUGGACUGCUAAAGCUGAGGCUUGAGGCUUUAGUCAGGAGUGGAGGGGAGAAGGCUGCAGACCAGGCUUUGGAGUCAUUUUCACAGAUCCCUAAUGCUGCCAAAGACCCAGUUCUAGUCGCUCUUAAAGGACGUGCAUACCUUAACAAAGGACAGGUUGAUCAAGCACUUAAGGUGUCAUCGGAGCUGUUGGCCUCUGAUCCAAAUCUGGCCCAGGGGUUAGCACUAAGAGGACUGGGACACUUAGCUGAAGGCCAGCAGCAGCAGGCAGAACAGAGUUUCCUAAAGGCGGCAGGCCAAAGCCCAGACUGUGGAGAGUAUUAUUUCUUGCUGGGACAACUCUACUGGGACAUGGGAGAAGAGACCCGUAAAGACCGUGGAAAAGUACACACACACUUGCUCAAGGCUGCAAAGUUGGACCCACACCUUGGUUGUGUAUUCCGCUACCUUGGACAUUAUUAUCGGGAGUUGGCAAAUGACCAUGGCCGGGCAAGAGGUUGUUAUAAGAAGGCCUUUGACUUAGACAAUGAUGAUGCUGAGUCUGGAGCUGCCUCAGUGGAUCUUAGUAUGGCAAAUGAGGAUAUGGACACUGCCUUAGCAAUACUUCAGUCAGUGAUAGAGAAGGCCACUCCAGGCUCGGCUAAAUGGGCCUGGAUGAGACGAGGACUUUACUACCUGAAGGUUGGGAACCAUCAACAGGCUAUUGCUGAUCUGCAGGCAGCUCUGAGAGCAGACCCUGAGGACUGGGUGUGUUGGGAGUGUUUAGGUGAGGCCUACCUAAACCGCCGUAGUUUCACAGCAGCUCUGAAGGCCUUUGGUAAGGCCCAUCAGCUUCAACCCUCCUCCAUCUACAGUGUCUACCAGGCUGCUGCAAUCAAACAGACCUUGGGCAAGUUCAAAGAGGCGGUUGCAGAGUACUUGCAGAUCACAGCACAGCAGGAUUAUGUUCCUGCUCUUAAAGGUCUUGGGGAGUGCCAACUCUCUCUGGCAAAAAGUUUAAUGGAGGACUCCAGAGAUGGUGGAGCCAUUGACCUCAUUCAGCAAGCAAUACAGAACCUCUUCAAAGCUGCAGAGCUGCGUCCAGAUCUCUCCUGUUUGUGGAAGCUUUUGGGAGAUGCCUGCACCGCAGCCAGCACAGUGUCUCCAAACAGAGCCCAGGUUCAAGUGCCAGCCCCACUAGCUGGUGUAGACCCCCUGACCCAGAGCCACAUGAUGAAUCAGGCCCAAACAGUCAAAGUUGGUGAGAGGUGCUAUGCUCGUGCCUUGAAGCUAAUGCCUGAGGUCCCCAGUCUUUGGUAUGACCUUGGACUCAACUAUUAUCACCAGGCUAGCCUUUGCUGCCCUACAGAGGUAGACCAGAACUCUCCAUCGCUGCUCCUAGAGAAAGCCCAGCAGUGUUUGAAAAAGGCUAUCAUGAUGGACAGUGGGAAUCAUUACUACUGGAAUUCCCUGGGAGUCAUUUCCAUGAGCAAAGGUCUUGAAAACUUUGCUCUAGCUCAACAUUGCUUCAUCAAGUCCAUACAAGUUGAAUCAAGUAAUGUUGUUGCCUGGACCAACCUUGGUACCCUGUAUCUGAAGAAGGAUAAUAUAGAGCUUGCACAUGAGGCCUUUAAGAUUGCCCAGUCCCUGGAGCCACUGUAUGUCAACUGCUGGAUCGGACAGGCACUGAUAGCAGAGAGAGUGGGAAGCUAUGACACCAUGGAUCUUUUCAGGCACACCACUGAACUCAGCACACAUAUGGAGGGAGUGAAAGGUUAUGCCUACUGGGUGUGUUCCACCCUGCUGGAUAAGAGCAAUCGCGACUCUGAACUGUACCGCUACAACAUAGUCCAGAUGAACGCCAUCUCUGCUGCUCAGGUGGCACUCAGCAAGUAUACAGAGAGGAUCCAGUCUGAUCCAGAUGCCUUCAUUAUGCUUGGUUACCUGAAUGAGCAUCUACAGCUGAAGAGACAGGCCUUACAGGCUUACCAAAGAGCUGUUGAGCUGCUUCAGUCGAUGUCCUCCACAGAACAGCUAGCUUUUGCUCAGGGCAGCUAUGGUCGUGCUCUCUGCUUCUCAUGCCAGUGUGAAGAGGCUGUGAAUAUUUAUAAUUCCACACCACUGCAGGAGCUCAGUGAUCUGACUGGGCUGGCUCUGGCCUACUGCAGGGCAGGACUCAUCCCAGAAAGCGUAAAUGCCUAUGAGCGUGCCCUGGCUAUGGCUACCAGUGAAAAGGAGAAGGCUUAUAUCUUGACAGCUCUGGCAUUACUGCAGCACCGGCAGGGUAACAUAGACUCAGCCAAGACUCUGCUGUUUAAAUGUUCAAUGUUAAAGGAGCCAAUCUCGGAGUCUCUGCUGUGUUUAUGUGCCCUUGGAUUAGUCAACAAUGAUACUACACUAGCUACUGCUGCCCUGUCUGAGCUGCUAAAGCAAGGCUCAUCCUCUGGGAGUGUUGUAGAACAGCGAUGUCUACUCACCUGCACCUUGCUGGCCCUGCAGGGCAACUACAGUGCGGUGCAAAGAGAGGCUUCGAGAGCGGUACACAGCAAUCCAGGUAAUGCAUCUUUGUGGGCCCUGCUGUCCAGAGUGGUACCACAGUACUACCCCAGGAAGGCAAAUGGUGGAGCGAUGGCUGGCCAUGUUUCCUGUCUUUCCAGUAUGACCCAAGGAAAGAGGGCGUUGUUGUACAGUGGAGUGAACCAGCUGGCUAGUGGUAGACACUCUGGAGAACACAAGCACAGGAAUGCACUGAAGACUAUGCAGAAAGCUGUGAUGCUCUGUCCUGAUGAUCCAGCAACAUGGGCAGGAUUAAUUGCUGCCUGUCACACAGAAAACACUUCCUGUUACCUCUCUGGCUCUGCUCCUUGCAGAAAAGGCCUGGAGCAAACCCUAAUGUCCGUGGUUUCUGAAAAAGUACACACUGUAGAGGAGAUAGAGCGCCCUCUAGCCCAGUCUUUGGAGGGCUGGGUACUACAACAAGCAGUGACUGGUCUCAUGCUUGGAGGACAGCUAGAACAGGCGGAAGCUCUCUGCUCACAGGUGCUAAAUGUUUCUCCAGAACACCCAGCAGUGAUGUUGUCACUGAGACAAGUACAGUGUCAGCGUCUCCUUGUGGGAAAUGAUGGUGGUACUGUCCUCCCAGAUUCUGUGCUGGAGCAGCUCAGCAAAACUGUGAUGAUGAACCCCACCAACCUUGGGGCAUGGCAUUGGCUGGCAGAUGUGUAUCGUAGCCAGGGCCUGCUUGUUCAGGCAGUCAUGGUUUACAGACAGAGUCUGCAAAUUGCCUCACAGCUUGGCCUGCACAGCUGCCAAGUAACGAGCCUGCUUCGACUAGCUCUGCUAGCUCUAGGACCGUGUAUGGCAGGUGUCCCAGGAAAUGACUGGAAGGACCUUGUUUUAGAAGCCACUACAGAGGUCUUGAAGCUGGGUUCGUGCCCUAUGGCCCUCCUCUUCCAGGCCCUGCUCCAGUAUGUUACCAAGAUGACCGCGAGGGACACCAGGCGAUUGUUGGAGAAGCUGGUAUAUGUCUCCUCUCAAGACUUCCCAGUGACUGUGGUGCAGGUGGCCAGCUGGUACCUCCUCAGACACUUGCAUGCAAAACAUGAUGAAGAGCUACUGAAUGUCCUUGUGGAGCAUGCCAAAAUGUAUGGAGAUCAAAGAUUGCUGAAGUUUCAUGCACAGCUUGUCUCUUCAUCCUGAAUGCUGAAAGUCUACAAUGAAAUCUUUCUAAAAUCAUGUACUGUAGCUAUGUAUUUAUCCCA